AUGAGCCAACAGAACGGUGGCUAUUCCAAGCUAAUGUGGAGUCCAAAUCCCGACGUCGUCACCAACAUGGAUCAAUUUCGUCAUGCGGCCAACGAAAAAUUUCAUUUACAACUAAGCAAUUAUCAAGAGUUAUACGAAUGGUCUGUUACAGAAUAUGCGGAUUUUUGGGGAUUGUUCUACCACUUUAGCGAUAUUGUUCAUUCUCAACCAUAUACACAGGUUGUGGAUAAAUCUAAACGCGUUGAUGAAAUACCUGAAUGGUUCCAUGGAACGCGUUUAAAUUUUGCUGAAAACUUGCUAAAAUAUAGAGAUGAUAAAGUAGCAAUAUAUUUCACUGGGGAGGGAAGAGAACUUACCCAAAUGACUUAUCAAGAGCUAUAUCACCAAGUUCGCCAAUAUGCUGCUGCAUUGAGGAAAUCUGGUGUACAAAAUGGUGAUCGUGUUGUUGGAUAUAUACCAAAUUGUCCUCAGGCUAUUAUAGCUAUGUUAGCUACAGCAAGUAUAGGAGCUAUAUGGAGUUCAACUGCUCCUGAUUUUGGUACUUCGGGUGUCCUUGAUCGAUUUAAACAAAUUAGUCCAAAGAUUAUCUUUUCCGUCGAUGGAGUAACGUAUAAUGCAAAGCAACACACAAAUUUGGAUAAACUAAAAACUGUUGUCAAUGGUUUAGCAACUCUAGAAAAGGUUAUCGUCAUACCGUAUAUUAAUGAAAUUGAUGGUGCAACAACCAAGAGCAUUCGUAAUUGUAUUUUACUGGAUGAUUUCUUAAAAACUGGUUUGGAUGACGACGAUACACUACCAGAAUUAGUCUUUGAACAAGUACCUUUUAAUCAUCCCUUGUUUAUAAUGUAUUCAUCUGGUACCACCGGAAUUCCGAAAUGCAUGGUUCAUUCAGUCGGUGGUACUUUAAUACAAUUACUUAAAGAGCACAUCCUACAUGGGGAUAUGAGAAGAGACGAUGUUAUGCUAUUCUAUACUACAACCGGGUGGAUGAUGUGGAACUGGCUUGUUGCUGUAUUAGGAACAGGAGCAGGUAUUGUUCUCUACGAUGGUUCUCCAUUUGUCCCAAGAAAAACAAUACUGUGGGAUUUGAUUGAUGAAAUUGGUGUUAGUUUUCUUGGUGCCGGUGCAAAGUGGUAUUUGGUUUCUGAAGACAAUGAUAUUUAUCCGAUGAAAAGUCAUAAACUAGAAAAACUUCGUUUUAUCGCAUCUACUGGAUCGAAAUUGAUGCCAAGAAGUUAUGAAUAUAUAUAUAACCACGUUAAGAAAGAUGUCAUCCUUGCAUCAAUCACAGGCGGAACAGACAUUAUAUCAUGUUUUGCUGGGCAUAACCCAUCAGUUCCAGUGCAUCUUGGUGAAAUACAAGCUAGAAAUCUUGGUAUGGCUGUAGAAAGCUAUUCUGAAGUCGGAAAACCAGUAUUUGGACAAAAUGGCGAACUUGUAUGUGUUAAACCAUUUCCUUGCCAGCCAAUUUACUUUUGGAAUGAUGAAGAUGGCUCCAAAUAUCAAAAGGCUUACUUUAGCCAUUUUGAAGGCGUUUGGCAUCACGGAGACUAUUGUACAAUUAUUCCUAGCACUGGUGGCAUUAUCAUGCAUGGCAGAAGUGAUGCAACACUUAAUCCAAACGGCGUCCGAUUUGGCAGCGCUGAAAUAUAUCGUGUUGUAUCUAAGAUACCAGAAGUAGCUGAUAGUUUAUGCAUUGGUCAGCCUAUACCUGAUGGAGAAAGGGUAAUUUUAUUCUUAAAGAUUCGGGAAGGAGAAAGAUUUACUGGUGAUCUUAUUAAAGCUGUCAAAGGAAAAAUCAGAAGUGAACUGUCUGCUAGGCAUCUUCCAGCUAUUAUUUUACAAACUCCAGAUAUCCCAUACACGCUUAGCGGAAAAAAGGUUGAAGUCGCUGUUAAGAAAAUUAUAUGUGGAGAAGAAGUGUCUUAUAGGAACGCUCUACAAAAUCCUACAUCUUUGGAUUUUUAUCAGAAUUUACCAGAAUUAAGUGUUUAA